UGGUCGAGGAGGCAGACACACCAUGCUCCGGGGUGGUCGACACACACCGCUUAGCUGAGCUAGUGUCGGCCAGACUGCCGUGGGGGGAGGACGUGCGCGCCCUCGCUCCGCUACGUAUAAGUCAUAGAGAUAGAUGUUAGCGCUAGAGGUUUUUUUUUUUUUUUUAGUUCUUGCCUAUAGUGAAGAUAAGCAUAGAAUUUAGAGAAGAAAAAAAAAUAAUAAUAACAAAAGUCAGAAACUGUACACACACAAGGAGCCGGAGCAACAUCUCAUUCUUGGUGCUUGUGAGGAAAGUCAUUCAUCAGCAGACAAGAAUGAAGACUUAAAGUAUGUGUAUAUAGCAAGACUACGACUACAAGAAGACUAUUACUACUACGGACUAUCACCGACGACAAUCUACCAUCUUCUCUACCUCACCCCUCCUCUACGCCUACAACAGGAUCAUGAGCGUAUAAUGGAGGCUACAAUGUUGUGGUAAGGAGGCUAUGUGGUGUGGCGGGUAUGUGUGGUAUGCUGCCCAUCAGUGUCUCGGAUCCGGGUAGACUGUGAGACUGCACGCGGGAACUACUUCAACACCCAGGUGGUGCCGGACAGCAGGCAGUGUGCGGGUGGGGGCAGCUGACGACGCCGGGACACAACAGCAGCAGGGGGCAGCAGAGGGACCGUCAUGGAGGCCAUUAAAGUUGUGACGCCACACAAACUCUCCCUGUUGGUCAGGAGCGACAAGGCGCUCAUCAUCGACAGCCGGACGUUUUGUGAGUUCAAUACCUCCCACAUCCUCAACUCUAUUAACGUCUGGUCCUCCAAGAUCAGGAAGAAGAGACUCCAACAGGACUCGAUCUCGGUGCACGACUACCUGCAGCAGGCGUGCCAGGUGGGGGAACUACACGAGGGGCUGGACAUCAUCGUAUACGACCAAAAUGCCAUCAGCCUCACCUCCAUCCCUCAAGACUCCUUCCUUCACGUCCUCCUCAACAAGCUGGGGCGAGCCUUCCCCUGCGUCUACCUCCUGGCCGGGGGUUUCUUGGAGUUUCAGGCACGGUUCCCGGAGCUGUGCGAGGACUCCAGCAACAAGUGUACCCCGCUCACCACACAGUCGCAGCCUUGCCUCUCCGUGUCCAAUGUGGGCCCCACCCGUAUACUACCCUUCCUCUACCUCGGCUCACAGCACGACGCCAACAACAAGCAGCUUCUGUCUGAUUACAACAUAUUAUACGAACUGAACGUCAGUGUGUCGUGUCCCAAGCCAGACUUUGUUCAAGACUCCUACUUCAUGAGAAUCCCCGUAAACGAUAACUUCAGUGAGAAACUCCUCCCAUAUUUUAAUGAUGCCUUCAAUUUUAUUGAUAAGGUUCGUGAGUCCAGUGGAUGUGUGUUGGUGCACUGUCUGGCAGGCAUCUCCCGAUCUGCUACUGUUGCAAUUGCUUAUGUUAUGAAGCAUCUCUCACUUCCCUUUGAUGAGGCGUACAUGUAUGUAAAAACAAGAAGACCAACCAUCUCCCCAAAUAUUAACUUUGUAGGUCAGUUAGCAGAGUUAGAUCGACAAUUAAGGCGAGACACGGGCCCAAGAGAUCCUUCCUCCGCCCCGAUCUUGUACCGCAGUCAUGAGUCUCAUCACUCCUCCACAUCAGUUUCUUCAUCAUCGACGGCUUAUGCGUCCAGUUUCCUCGAGAGACACGCCUGUGCCGGGGGACAGACUAAUAUGCCUAAAUCUCUCAGUCUUAACCUGCGAUCAACACUGGAGGCCGUACCAGCGUCUCCAUCCUCUACGCCCCACACACCAGACAUGUCCCCCUCCACUGCACUUGCUCGUCUCAGCUUUGCUUCUGCCUUAGAUGAGCUUCGUGAUGAUGGUCUACCUAUUACACCCAAAUGUUCAUCUCCGGUAACACCAAUCUCAAGUCUACCUCCAUCAUCUCCAAAAACAACCGUCAUAAGGGAUACAACAGGUUCCCCAAUUUUCAGCUUUAGAAGAGCUUCUGAGUCCUCUUGUCCUUCCUCUCCUGCUUUCAACUCCUUCUACAAAAGUAAAGAGGUGUCUAGUCGGACUAGCAGUGACUACAAAAGUGAGGCUAAGGUUACGUCCUUAAAAGAAAGCUUUACAUCUAGUGAUAGCAUUAAGAGUACAAGCGGGUCAACCAGCAACUAUUACAGUAGUGCCACAUUUAAUGUUGGUGCUGCCGAAGCAGGGAGAGAAAAGAUAGGGGAAAGAGGGACUAGUGUUGUCAAAACCAACAGAUUAAAAGUAGAGGAGCGAGGAAAUGCUUCUCUGGAAACGGGAAGAGUGAGAAUAGAAGAAAAGGAUAGUAGUUCUGUUGAAACAGGAAGAGCAAGAGUAGAAGAAAGAGGAGGCAGAACUUGUGGGGCUGGAGUGGCAAGAUUAGAGGAAAAAGGAAGAGAUGAGAAAACAGUCAGACCUUCAUCUUCAUCUACAUCAUCAUUCUCACGUCGUUGCAGCGACAGAGAGAGUCGUCAAGUAUCUGUUUGUGUAAUUGAUGUGAAGAGGGAAGCAUCACCUGUUAGCUAUGUCCGCAGUGAACCCCUGGUUGUACGGGAAACUCAGGUAAUUGCCACGCCAUGUAAUGCAAUACCUGAAGUUAGAUCAGUGUUUGAAGUGCAGAUAGAAGAUGGCAAGCAAAAGGAAGAACAUAUUAUGAUUCCAGAAAAGACAAUACAAGUACUGAAGAAAGGCUCUAGAGAUAAUCAAUGGAGUUCUCUUGAUGAGAAACACAGAGAACUUGAGGAAUCCAUCCUAAAUAUUGAAAGGUGCCACCCACAACGUGAUAAAGUACCCCAACGGCCCCGAGAGGUGAUAGUGCCCAUCCAGUUAACUGGGGCUCGGGAAGAACGUCCCAGAGUGCUAGAGCUGAGUGUUUCUUGUAGCCACCAAAAGCAGCUGCAACACCCUGCCACCGCUACUGCAGCAUGUACUGCUCCUGAACCUACGAGUGGUGUCUGGUUACCAGUGAGCCCUCAGGAGGCUGCUGUGGCUGGGCCCCCUGCAGCCACCCCCAACUCACCCAGUUCCCCAGGAGUACAACAGAGUGAUUCAGGUAUAAUAGUAGAGGAGGAGAGAACACAACUCCCUCCCAAUCCUCAGCGUCUACCCAGAUGUUAUUCUUCCAGCGAAACUCAUCUCAACACUCGUCGUCUACUGGAGCAUCGUAAUCCAGACUUUACCACUAGAAAAUGUUCCAGUUAUGACGAGGUUGGAAGGGCCUGGCCACACAGCCUGAGUCCCCAUCACCAACAGCAUCAGCAGGGAGUGGGUCGUGAAGGUACUACUUGGUUGGGUCCCUGGGAAUUAGCACGGAGCGACAGCGUCUCGACCAGCGGGUUCGGCUCGGAGAUCUCCGACACCGAUUUCCUUCAUGAUGACACCCACUCUACUACAACCCAAGAUGAUGCACUUGGACCCUAUGAUGCAGUGUUUGCAGAUGUAUUUCCUGGUGGUGAACAACCACAGAGACAACCACAGCCAACCACACCCAAAACACCACGACCAGCAAGCCUCCCAGGGGUCACUGGGGCUUAUUUCUCACAGUUUGAGGCCAACACUGACCCUGGGCUGGACAUGGGUGUGGAUAUGGGCAGUGGUGGAGUAGAGUUGCGCCGUAGUGGAAGAGGUCGCAUGGGCGUGGAGAAGAAGGACUCGGGCUACUACUCCUUUCUCACCGAACACCCGCCAGUCAGCCCGCGCACAAUGGGGGAAGGUGUCCGCCAUACUACCACUGUGCCCUGCCCCAAAGAACGUCCAAGAGAUCUUCGACUCCAAAUUGGCAACAUAGUUGGUCCACCCACUCACGAUACCCCAAAAACCACAAUCACAGUUACCCAUAUUCCAACUCAUACCCCAACUGGGGAGACCAGAACAUCCCCAGAAAAACGUAUGACUCCGGAGAAGAGAAAAAGUCGCGGUAGCAGUACAGAAGAAAAUGAGGAGAAGAGGAGGAGUUGUGAGGCAGAUACCCACCAGUGGACACCACCAAGACAGUCCAUCAGCAUUGGCUCAGGUGUUCGGAUGGCUCAGGAACUCCUGCGCGGUGUGGAGCAGCUGCUGGACUCGGAGAUGGGAGAAUUGCGCAAGCGAACAGCUGCAAUGUCGUCCCGUAUACGUCUCCUGGGCAGGAGUGAUAGUGCAUCUGAUAAUGCAAGCAGCAUCAGUAGUCCAAGCAGCAGUGGGAAUAGUAGUACUAGUGGUAGAAGCAGUAGCAGUGGAAAAGGCCCCAAUGUCCAUACUACUCACAUCAUUGUUACCACAUUAGAAAAUGAUGAGCCUUCAAAUGUCAAGACCAUGAGAAACAUGAAACCAAGUCCUUCACAAGCUCACAAGUAUCCUGAGCCAGCACCGGGAACUCUUAUUGCAAGUCGUGCUCGCAGUGAGCCUCCGUUUUCAGGAGAAGAGGGUCUCUAUCGUGCACGGUCCUGUCCUGGUCUACCCAGACCAAAUGGAAGUUGUGAAGGUAAUGAAACAGUUUCAGCCUUAGUGCCAGAUUUACAGCUGGUACGUCUUCGUGGGUCACGUCCGCAAGCAUCGCGGGAAAAGUUUUUUAAUCGCUAUUCCUGUGGAGCUCUAGAUGCCCGCCAGCCACCGUCUGCCUCAGCAUUUGAAUCCUGUCCGGACUUUGGAAACUUGCGACAGUGCGUCCGUGAAGGGGAUUCAAUUCACUCCUCUUCCUCCUCCCUCUCUUCAACUCACUCCUCGUUUACACGACUUCUUCAGGUAUCAUGAGAUAUUCUAGCCAAGGAAUUUCAGCUGUAUAUUAUUUUGAGGAGUGAAAAUCUAGUGAAAAGUGUUUGGGCAGAUGUAACAUUCUUUUCAAUAACUGAAAUAUUGAGAUUAUUUAUGAAAGGGUGGACAAGAAUUAAAACCUCAGAAAAUAUAUCAAACUGUGCUACAAAAGUUAGAGAAGUGAAUGGCAGCUCAGCCCACCGCACCAGGAAGUGAAUUGUAGUGGCCAGUUCACGUGUUGGUGAUAAUGCUUUUGUACAAAAUACACCACCCAAAUGACUUCAAUGUGAUGGAAUUUUUGUUCCUAAAUAUGACUUAUAAAGUGCUGCACUCAAUGUCUUAAUAUAUUAGUUUCAAAAGAACAGAGAAUCCAGUUUUAGUGGCUCUUUGGUUCUGAUGUCGGCACACAAAUGUAGAUUUUUCUCUGUACAGUAGCAAGGGUCCCCACACGCUAGUCGCCUGCGGAACUGUGGAGUCGAGGAGUUCUCUUGUAGCAUUGUAUGGUAAUUGGAACCGAACUUUUUUAAUUUUGAGCCGUUUAAGUCUGUGAUUUGGAGGAAUAUCUCCCGAUGAAAUUUGUAACAUUAAAGAUUAUACACCUACGAUAACUACACCAAGUUACUCCUUGAUUAGUGUGGUAUUAUUUUAUGUUUGAUUGGUGGCAUUAGCAAGAUAUACAUUGGGUUGUUGUUAAAUAAAAACAAACAAUACAGUUAACUUCUUGAACUCCGAGGUCGUGGUCUGCAAAUAUCCUCACUCGUUACUUAACUUACUACCAGUUAAUUGAGGGGGCCCAUGUUAGUACCUGUAAAUACCUAGAAUAUAUUUGAUUCACUUUAAAUUAUUAAACUUGAUUGGAUUUACCUUAGUGACUCAGGCAGCAAGCAGUAUGAUGCUGAUGUUGUAUAUAGAUACUACCUAGGUUACUAAUUUUAACAGUAUGGUAAUCAUUAAGUUAAACUAUCAGGUUUACAUUAGAGACUGACCUGUGAAGCCUGAUGAUUGACAGGGAAAAAGUAUUGACCUGAUGAUUGGCAGGGAAAAAAAGUAUUGACCUGAUGAUUGGCAGGGAAAAAGUAUUGACCUGAUGAUUGACAAGGAAAAAAGUAUUGACCUGAUCAUUGGCAGGGAAAAAGUAUUGACCUGAUGAUUGGCAAGGAAAAAAAAAGUAUUGACCUGAUGAUUGGCAGGGAAAAUUGUUGACCUUGGUGAUUGGAAAUGAAUACUAUUGUGUUGGUAAUUAGGAAAGAAUGUAGUAUUGGCCCAAAUAUUUGUAAGGAUAUACCGGUAAGUAUCGACACAACAACAAUGAUAAAGGGAAAAAAGUAUUGUUGUGAUUAUUGGAAAUAUUUUACUACUUGUAUUAUUAGAUACAAUAUUCAGAGUUGAAUUUGAUAAAUAAUGUAAGCAAGAUUUAAGAUUAUACCGUGAAUUUAAUUUUGGUAGACCCUGUUGCCAAAGGCCGUUUCAUUUUCAGUGUGAAUGUCACCCAUGCAACACAUGUUCUGAAGCAGUACUGUAGUAAAGUAUAUAAAAAUCAAAUCAAAUCACAGUACAAGAUAUGUUAGAUGGUGUAGAUGAUGAAGUAAUUUAUGCAUCAUGUGAAUCACCUCCCCCCCCCUCCCCCACCCACCCUAACAGUACAGUAAUAAUUCAGUCUCGAAGGUGAAUUUGAGUCGUGUGUUUUUAUUUUAAUUUGCUAUAUAUAUUUCCCUCAAGAACUUACACUUUAGAAAUAUAUUUAGAGCUGUAAUAUGACUAGAGUACCUCACACACAGUCUGGACACUCACUGUAGUAAUAAAGCUGUACACCAUAUCCAUUUUUGGACAUAUUUUCACACUGAAGAGAUUACCACUGGUUGUUUUAGUUCCAGCUGUGAAAUAGUAACUGCCUAUAAGUAUCAAUUGAUGAGAGUGAAUGAAUUUUUCACUGUUUUCAAAAUAGGGAAAACAAUUAUAUUCCUGACAUUAGUCUUAAAACAAAAAGGUGACAUAUCAUGAAUGAAGUAACUGGUAUCACAACACAUUUUGUGACAAAGAUUCCCCAAGUUUGAGACAGCUUUAAAAUUAGAGAGUAUUGUAUUGUUAUAAUUUGUUCAUUGUUGCAGAGCAGACUUUGUUAUUCAGUUUAUAACAUUUCACCAGCCUUUUGCCUGAUAAGAUACAGUACUGUACAUAAGUGUCAACAUUUUCCCUGAGGCAUCACCCCUCAUAGCCUUUCGUCUAAUAAUCACACACCAUUCUGUUGGCCUCUCACAGUUGACGUUUAGAAUGUGUGUAUGUUCGUAUUAACGGAAAAAUGUUAAGGAGAAAUUGUUGUCAAAAGUGAAAAAAGUGAUCAUCAGACAAAUGUUUGUCUCAAGUAUUUUCCAUAAAACAAUCAUCAGUGCUAAUAUUUUAAUGAAGUAUUAAUUUACAACAUUAGCAAGUACUUAAACAACAUUAAGGAAUAAUGAAAAAUAUAACUACAGAGUUGCAGUACACACAAGUCACUCUUGCUGUGUACAGUACAGUACAGUACUACAUGUAAGUUACUUGUCAACAUGCUCUGUAUUCUGGUGCUCUCUUUCCUAGAUGUCCAGACAAACUUAUCAAUACAGUAUAUUGCAGAUCCAGUCUUAUUACCAGGAUCACAAAAUUAUAACAUAUUUGUUCAACCAAUUGAUUGAUAAUAACUGAUCAUAGUUCAGUACAGUAUGAUAAUUUUGACUUUAUUCCAGAAUACAAACAUAGACAAUGGCAAGAACAGUCAUGAUUAUUUUCAUCUGCUUUGCUAAACAUUUACUGUAGUUAAUUUCUGAUGUGUAAAAGGUCUUAUCAUUUGUGUAUAAAGCAUAGGUUAUUGGUCACCAUGGUUACCAUAUUGUAAUAUUAAGUUUAUUUUAUUAUUUUAUUUUUGCGUGGGAUGGGUUCUAAGAGACGAGAGCAAAAUUCAAAGAAAAUGUUUGAAUGUUUGUAUAUAUUUGUUAAUUAUGCAAGAAUAACAAUUUGCUUUUGUUAAUAGAUGAAAUAAUUUGGCUGUGAGCUUUGAAAUAUUGUUUCAUGGAGUAGUAUUUCAAACUGUGGAAUUGGUAAGCUGCACUUUUUAUCAUUUCAUGAAAAAAUUUUGAUUAUAAUUUUAUUGAUUGAGCCUUUAUGAUUGUGUAAAGUAUAAGUUUAUAGUGUUAACUUGUGGAGGCAUCGAUGCUUCAUGAUGCCGGCGACUGUCAUGCUGGACACAACGUAAUAUUUGAGGUCCUCCCUCGCACUAUAAAGUGAUCAUUACAAUCAGAUUUAAAAGUACAAUUUACUUUUACAAAUGAAAGUCGUUUUAUAACUUCAAAUAUUCACCGGUAAAUACAGUAUACCAUCAUCAUGAUAUGGUUAUGUACAAAAGUUAAUAUUUGUUUUGUACUUGAAAGAGAUAAUUUGAUGUGACAGCAGAAUUAAGAUUGCUUUAUAUGUUGAUAAUUAGGAUCAUCUUCUUCUCUCUGUCAUUUAUUACUAUUUUUCAUCUCUUCUCUUUUGCAUUUUGCAGACUAUAGAGGCUAUGCUUUCAAAGAUCUAUUGACAUUUGGCAUUAAAGAUAACAUGUGAGGCUUUACACUAGGUUUAAGUACUUACGGUGCCGAGUAUUAACACACUCCAGCUGCGUCACCUUUUGGCAUAUCAUCCAAGAUAGUAAGUUUUAUGCCAAUGUUGUAACUGUGCAGAUUUCUUUGUCUUCCAUCACUUUAUUAUUGCAAAGAAAUUCAGUUAAUGGCUAUUAUCAGCAAAGACAUUACCAAGAACAGCAUUAAGAUCACUCGUUAUCAAUAAACAACAAUGUUGGCAAAAUAUUAUUGAGCUCUGCCACAUGUUGUAUAUAAUUGGGAUACAUCUCUAAACUGAAAUACUGUAUAAUUAAUGUACAGUAUUUAUAUCAAGGAAGGUUAUUUAUAACUCAUGUUUCAAAAACAGUAUAUCAUGAGACACUCAAAUUCUAAUGCUGGUCAUAAAAAUGCAAACCGCUGAGCUUGUAUGUACUUGGUAAUGUAAGGGCAGGAAUGGCUAUGUGGUGGUAGUUGAAAAAAAACCUGGUUAGUGAACCGUCGUAUAAGUUGAUACGCUUGUUUUGUGUGCGAGGAAGAGCCAGCCAGCCGUCCAGCCUGAGACCUCCGCGUUGGUUAUCUUUAAGACCUUAAAAGGGUAUUAUGUUGGGAGUACAGUAGUGAAGCUUUUAAAUACCCAAGUAGGAAUUGUGAAUACUGAGAUUAUUUUCCUUACAAACUGUAGUAUCACCAUUGUUAUUCUCCGAUGUUUUAAUUCUGUGGUAAUUUCAUAUAUUCCCAGCCAAUAGAUUUUCUAAACUGUUUUUGCUGUAUUUGUGAUAAUUUUAGUGAUGCGGUUUUGAUUAUGGUAUUUUAUAACAUUACAAAAUCACGCUUAAUUUUUACGGCAUCGCAGAUUACUACUUAACAGUUGAGAAUGUUCCUCAAAUGAUCACAAGUCGGUCAUUGUGCCAAAAAACAAGUAUGAAGACUCCAGAGUCAACUCCCAAGAUACAUAUUCUUUAAAGUACUGUAGUGCUAAUACUCCAAUUUGAUGGUUGUUACAUCAGCUGAACAAAGGAGAUGGGAGAUUGGAUGCAUAGCAGGUCAUCACAAGUGAAAUACAGUAAGCAUAAAUUGUACUGUUGAUAUGCACAGUUGUAGUGUAAGACCUGCCUGCAGUUGCAAAGCACAAUCAAAUAAUAUAUCAUUACCAUGUUGAUAUACAGAACUUAUUAUGGUGGGUUACUCAUUCCCAUCUGCACACUGUUGCAUUUCAUUAUUUAUGUGGAUGAUGUCCCCAGUAACUUGGAUACUUGCUCCCUUACUGGCCUUGACAGCUCCCUCUCCUGUCGUGACAUCUUUGUGGACUUGUCCUCAGCCAAUUAGCCUUCUGUUUACCUAAUCUUAAACCAUCAGUUAUGAAGCUUUGAUAUUCCUGAACCUCUUUGAAAAUUGUCAUCAUAUAUUUUUACUCAUUCCUAACCACCUUAGAAAUUCUCUCUUAAAAUAACCUUAGUCACUGCCCCCAAUAGCAUAAUUUGUCACCGUAAUUAUUUCAGCCAUUAAGUUUCAUUAACACAAUAUCCCCUUUCAGUGACCACUAGUACUGUACUACCUAGUAAUUAUGUUGAGGCUCAGUUUGUCCUGCACUGUUAUGGUUAACACAUACAGUAAUAAACUUUUGACUGGUUAAAGAUACUGGUAAAUAAAACGUUACAUGACAAA